AUGGCGCUUAUGACCACUCACGUUUGGAGUCUUCUUACCAGAAGGAAUUCUAUAUGGGUUGAAUGGAUUCAUGAACACAAAAUUAAAGGCCAGUCAUUUUGGAAAAUUCGCUUACGGGGUAACUCAACGACUGGCUGGAGAAAUAUUAUGAAUCUUCGGGACAGGAUACGCCCGUUCAUUGUCUCUAAGAUUGGAAAUGGCUUAUCUACUUAUGCAUGGUCCGAUAACUGGUCUUGUGUGGGUCCUUUAUGUGCGUUCAUCUCUUCUCGUCAACUGCAUAGAGCCGGUUUUAAUCCUCAGUCGAAGGUUAAAGACUUUCUGCAUGAUGGUGUUUGGAGGUGGCCGAGAGCUUGGUUGGAUAUGUUUCCAGUUUUAAUAAAUCUUCAGCCGCCAACUAUUAACAUUGACGUCCCUGAUUCUCUUGUGUGGCGUGUUUCGGGUGAUGUGGAACAGGAUUACUCAGCAUCAGUUGUAUGGGACACGAUCAGGUUUCAUGGUAUUAAAGUCCCGUGGGUGGAAAUAGUGUGGUUUGCUAAUUGUAUUCCAAGGCAUGCUUUUCUUGCUUGGCUUAUUUGUAAGAAGAAGCUAAAGACUCAAGAUAAAUUGAAGCAAUGGGAUGUUGGAAGUGCUACAAAUUUAAACCUUAUGUCCUGCCCAUUAUGUUGCUCGGAGCCGGACUCGCACGAACACUUGUUUUUUGAAUGUUCGUUUUCUAUGCAAGAAGUUCCUGCUAAGAAGUCUAUGCGAAGUGUCAUUGGUCGGUUACUUCUGGCCGCUACAGCGUACUUCAUCUGGCAAGAGCGUAAUCACAGGUUAUUUAAAUCGAAGAAAAGAUCAGUUGCAAUGAUCGGUGAGGCGAUUGUUGCUGUUGUUCGUUUGAAACUAGCUUCGGUGAAGGUCAAGAGCUCUACGACUGGGAUGAGCUUGCUGGAGAGAUGGAAAGUGCCAAUCAUGUAG